AUGGGAUACCAUGGACCGAGGUCGAAGGCUCCAGCUCCAUCCUUCACAUCGCUGGCUCUGGAUGAUCGCAAAGAAAUGGUGGAGCUUGUCAUGGACUCACUACAACGAGAAAUUGAGGGUAUAGACUGCUAUCAAGGCAGUGUUGUGAUGCAUUCUCUAGGUGGAGGAACAGGGUCUGGCUUAGGCUGUCGAGUGCUGGAAAGCAUGAGGGACACGUAUCCGAAGAAUUACAUAGUGACUGCGUCAGUGGCACCGUCAUGCGCUCGCGGAGAUACACCUCUUCAAAACUACAAUACGGUGUUGACGUUGAAAUGGCUGCAAGAGGUUGCAGACGCUGUAAUCUAUAAGGACAAUGACGAGUUAUUGCGAACAGCAAGUUACUGGAAAGCGGUGGCCCAGGAAAAGCUGGGAAGCGAUGAUAAUCAGCGAGUAUCGCUAAAAGAAGUGAACAAUAUGGCUGCUGCAGAUCUGGCGGGGCUGUUGUUCCCAGUGGCAAUAGGAGACUCAAGCGCUGUUCGACCCUUCGAUUUUGGCAAAUUGUUGCAUGAUGUUUGUCCCAUGCCUGUAGCCAAGAUACUUGACGUCCGUUCCGGCGUAUAUAGAGACCGUGUUGGAUCAGCCACCUUGUUUCACGCUCCGGUGAUCGCACAAUCACGUUUGCUGUCGCGUCGACACGAACAUGUUGCAGACUUCGACAUGUCUCUAGCUAUGCUGGAGAGUUUAGUGCAGCAGACCGUCGCAUCCUUCCCACGGCAUUCACGCGCAACCAUUGCAUCAAGUACAGUAAUUCGCGGCUUCAAUCCUGGGCCAAAGGAUGCUGGUCGUUUUACUGAAAAGCUGGGCCAGAUCGUACAUAGUGCAUUUCCUUCUACGCCAUGGCUAGCGACGAUGCCGCAAGCCUCGAUAGUCUACUCAAGACGUGCACCAUUUCCGUCAUUACAAGCCCACGCGUCUGCAACGAUCUGCGUGAAUAAUGGCCACUUUUUGACGACCACGAAACGCUUUCUCGAACGAGCUCAGCGCCAAUUCCACGCAGGAGCCUAUGUGCACUGGUACAAGCAACAUGGAAUGGAGGAUGCCGACUUCGAGGCUGCAUUUGAUGCAACCGCCACACUCAUAACUGAGUAUGAAACCGUACUACGAUAA